AUGGCUGACUCUUCCUUCGAUAUUGAUUACUCCUCCUCUCACACCUAUCGCCGCCAACGCCACACUACACCCAUUAGUGCACGCUAUGUGUCACGUUCUACUUCACCAUUCAGCUCUCGCCACACGUCAUCCAGCAAUCAUGCUCCACGUAGAAUACGCCCUCCUACUCCAGCCACACCUUUUGCCAGGGAUGAUGACAUGUCCUGGCAAGGGGAGGUUUCAUGGCAAUUUGAGCCUUCUGGUUGGCAGGAUAGCAGAACCUUGGGAGCAGCUUUAAGCCCUUGGACAGCAACUACCACCCCAGUGAACAGUAAUAUUUUUAGAAGAUCAGCUCAUGACUUUUAUCUUUCGUGUACUUCUGGUGGAUUUCAGAGCCGUACAAAUCCGUAUUACGACGAUUCUAGCUAUAGUGCAGUGCCUUCCGGGAGGCUUGAACUCCAAAGCUUUGUUGCUAAGGAUAAUGACAGUACCUUGUUUAGCAAGGAACACAAUUUGGGUGGUCAUGGUAAGUCUCAUCAGGGAAUAUCUAGACUGCAAAUUAUUAAGGAGGGAACUAGUAGUAGACCUGUUAGUCCACUGGCUAAUGAAGAUGAACUGAGUAUGAUUGAUUAUGACACAAUGGAGGAUGUGGAGAAGCAGGUUCACUUAUCAAACACUGAUCAUCAUCACCAUAGACAUAAUGAUCCCCGCUGGCAUUCAGUAUCACGUUCUUAUAUGGAAGAUGAUGGGGAUGGUGCUAGUCAUGUUGAUCAUCAUGGUAUUUCACAUGGUGGGCGCCAUCAAAUGAGGCACAAAAUGGACAAUUUUGAAGAUGAGUUGCAGCAUAGGCGUCAUGGUCACACUGCUUGGCAAUCAACUAGUCAUCAUUAUGGCGGUGGUAAUGAUCGCUACAAGGACGUUGAACUGGUUUCAGUUGACAAUGAUGAGGACGAUGAAGAGGAUGAUGAUCAAGAAGUAGCAAAGCCAGUCAGUUUGUUUAGCUUGUUUAAGUACUCAACAAAACUGGAUAUAGUUCUUGUAAUUUUGGGUUGCCUAGGGGCUCUGAUUAAUGGAGGAUCUCUUCCUUGGUACUCUUUUCUUUUUGGAAAUUUUGUGAAUAAAAUUGCUACUGAAUCACCUGAGCAGAUGAUGAAGGGUGUAGACAAGAUAUGUUUACAAAUGAUUGGAUUUGCAGCAAUAGUGGUGGUGGGAGCAUACUUGGAGAUCACCUGUUGGCGAUUGGUGGGGGAGCGAUCAACUCAGCGAAUAAGAACCAUGUAUCUAAGAGCAGUUCUGCGGCAGGAUAUCGGUUUUUUUGACACUAAAGUCAGCACUAGUGAGCUUAUGCAUGGAAUUUCAAGUGAUGUUGCACAAAUCCAAGAAGUUAUGGGAGAAAAGAUGGCACAUUUCAUUCAUCAAAUCUUUACCUUCAUCUGCGGUUAUACAGUUGGGUUCACACGCUCAUGGAAAGUAUCGCUUGUAGUUUUCUCUGUCACCCCAUUAAUGAUGUUCUGUGGCCUUGCUUAUAAGGCUGUUUAUGUCGGUCUAGCUUCAAAGGAAGAGGCCACAUAUCGAAAAGCUGGCAGCGUUGCAGAGCAAGCAAUUAGUUCAAUCAGAACAGUAUUUUCUUUCGUUGCAGAGGAUCAUUUGGGUUCGAGAUAUGCUGAUUUAUUGUCAAAAUCUUUACCAUUUGGAAUAAAGAUAGGAUUUGCUAAGGGUGGGGGAAUAGGAGUUAUCUAUUUGGUUACUUAUGCAACAUGGGCAUUAGCUUUCUGGUAUGGGUCUCUCUUAGUUGCUAGGAAAGAAAUCACUGGAGGUGCAGCCAUUGCUUGUUUCUUUGGUGUCAAUGUAGGUGGAAGGGGCUUGGCAUUGUCACUGUCAUAUUUUGCUCAAUUCGCACAAGGCACUGUAGCAGCUGGUCGUGUGUUUGGAAUCAUAGACAGAGUUCCAGAUAUAGAUCCUUACAACCACAUUGGCAGGACAAUAUCAAGUGUCCGGGGAAGGAUUGAGUUCAAGGGGGUUACUUUUGUAUAUCCAUCUCGUCCGGAUGCUGUAAUUCUCCAGUCUCUCAAUUUAGUUAUACCAUCUUCAAAGACUACUGCACUUGUCGGGGCUAGUGGGGGUGGCAAAUCCACUAUUUUUGCUCUCAUAGAAAGGUUUUAUGAUCCUACUAAGGGUGUGAUCACUUUGGAUGGCCAUGAUUUAAGGUCAUUGCAAGUCCAAUGGCUAAGAAGGCAGAUUGGUAUGGUUGGCCAGGAACCAGUUCUCUUUGCCACCAGCAUAUUGGAAAAUGUUAUGAUGGGUAAGGAGAAUGCCACCACAAAAGAAGCAAUUGCCGUUUGCAAAGCUGCCAAUGCUCACAAAUUCAUCUCUGAGCUGCCACAAGGCUAUGAAACACAGGUUGGAGACAGAGGAACUCAACUGUCAGGGGGCCAAAAACAGCGCAUUGCACUGGCUCGCGCCAUGAUCAAAGACCCUAAAAUCCUUCUCUUAGAUGAGCCAACCAGUGCCUUAGACGCGGAGUCUGAGUCCAUUGUGCAACAAGCCAUUGACAAGAUCUCUGCUGGAAAGACAACCAUUGUCAUUGCUCAUAGGUUGGCAACAGUUAAAAAUGCCAACACAAUUGUUGUUCUUGAUCGUGGCUCUGUUGUUGAGAUUGGUGAUCAUCGUCAACUAAUGGAAAAGACUGGGGCCUAUUAUGAUCUUGUCAAGCUCGCUUCUCAAGCACUGUCAAAACCUUUAUCAAAAGAAAAAUCCGCUAAGAGCAUGGAGUUUUCCAUGUAUGAGAAAUCAGUUAAUGAUGUAUCAAGAUCAAAGUAUGAAAAUGAGAUUUCAAGAUCUAAGUACUUAAAAUCUAUGCAAGAAGAGAACCAAGUAGACGAGGAAGCUCAACAAAAACCAAGGCCUAGAAAAUUCAAACUUUUGGAGAUGUGGAAUCUACAAAGACCUGAGGUUACCAUGCUUUUACCAGGAUUUGUCAUGGGCAUGCUGGCAGGUGCUAUUCUCUCCAUCUUUCCUUUGAUUCUAGGCCAAGGUCUACAGGUUUACUUCGAUGAUACCCCAUCGAAGUUGAAAAGAGAUGUUGGUUACCUCUCUUUAGCACUGCUGGGGCUUGGUUUUGGGUGUAUAACUUUCAUGACACUCCAGCAAGGUUUCUGUGGCUGGGCUGGAACAAGGCUCACAAUGAGAGUCAGAGACCUUUUGUUUCGUUCAAUACUGAAACAAGAACCUGGUUGGUUUGAUUUUGAAGAGAAUUCCACAGGAGUUCUUGCGUCAAGGCUCUCAAUUGAUUGCCUCAGCUUCAGGUCAGUCCUUGGUGAUCGAUUCUCAGUAUUGUUCAUGGGUAUUAGCUCAGCUGCUGUUGGUCUUGGAGUGUCAUUUUUCCUUAAUUGGAGACUCACACUUUUGGCUGCUGCUCUCACUCCUUUCACUCUUGGUGCAAGCUACUUGAGCUUGAUCAUUAACAUUGGACCAAAACUAGAUAACAAUGCCUAUGCUAAAGCUAGCAGCAUUGCCUCUGGUGCAGUUUCAAAUAUAAGAACAGUAACAACAUUUUCUGCUCAAGACGAGCUAGUUAAGUCCUUUGAUAGAGCUUUAUCAGAACCAAGGAAAAAAUCAGUACAGAAGUCACAAAUUCUAGGCCUAACACUUGGUUUCUCUCAAGGUGCAAUGUAUGGUGCAUACACAAUGAUUCUUUGGUUUGGUGCUUACCUUGUGACAAUAAACGAAGGAAAUUUUGGGGAGGUAUACAAAAUCUUCCUCAUUCUUGUGCUAAGUUCAUUUUCUGUUGGACAAUUGGCUGGUCUGGCGCCGGAUACAUCCAUGGCAGGUACAGCUAUUCCUUCUGUUCUUGACAUCAUUAAACGUAGGCCAAUGAUCGACAAUGAUAGGGAAAGAGGUAAGAAAGUUGAAAGAUCCAAACCAUGGGAGGUUGACUUCAAAAAGGUAACCUUUGCAUACCCAUCUAGGCCUGAAGUGUUGGUGCUAAAAGAAUUUGGUUUAAAGGUCAAAGGUGGAAGCAUGGUGGCAUUAGUUGGAGGAAGUGGUUCAGGAAAAUCAACUGUCAUAUGGCUAAUUCAAAGGUUUUAUGAUCCAAAUCAAGGGAAGGUGAUGAUUGGAGGGGUGGAUUUGAGAGAGGUCAAUGUUAAGUGGCUGAGGAGGCAAAUUGCUUUGGUUGGUCAAGAACCUGCAUUAUUUGCUGGGAGUAUAAGAGAAAAUAUUGCACUUGGGAACCCAAAUGCUUCAUGGGCUGAAAUUGAAGAAGCUGCAGAAGAAGCUUACAUACACAAGUUCAUCAGUAGCCUUCCUCAAGGCUAUGAAACACAGGUUGGCGAGAGUGGAGCUCAAUUAUCUGGUGGCCAAAAACAAAGGAUUGCAAUAGCAAGGGCUAUACUCAAAAAAUCAAGGGUGUUGCUUCUAGAUGAAGCAAGUAGUGCAUUAGACUUAGAGUCAGAGAAGCAUGUUCAAGAUGCACUUAGGAAGGUAUCCAAGAGGGCCACCACCAUUGUGGUGGCUCACCGCCUCUCAACAAUCAGAGAAGCCAACACGAUCGCUGUCGUAAGAAAUGGCGCCGUGGUGGAGUACGGCAGCCAUGACACCCUCUUGGCCUCCCACCUCAAUGGUGUCUAUGCUAGCUUGGUCCGAGCUGAAACUGAAGCCAAUGCAUUUGCAUGACCAACUAGUCUAUUCUAUUGUAAGAGUAAAUGUGUAAACUGAUGAACUUGGU